AUGUCGUCUUUUCUAUUUUGUACCGGUGGUUAUAGGGAUGACCUCAAAAACUUGGAUUGUCUCAACCUGUGCAUGAAAGAAUCCAACAGACUUUACCCUUCUGCCCCUUACAUCCAACGUCAUCUGGACCAGAACAUUGCCGUGGAGGGCAGGACCAUCCCCAAAGGAACGCUGGUCAUCGUCGAUAUCGCGAAUCUGCACAGACAUCCUGACGUGUGGGACAGACCGGAUGAGUUUCUGCCUGAACGAUUUCGACCAGAGAGCAUUAGAGACAAGGAUGCCUUCUCGUAUGUGCCGUUCUCGGCUGGACCAAGAAAUUGUAUCGGGCAGAGUUUUGCUGUCAACGAACAGAGAGUUCUUGCAGGUCGUAUACUUCAAAGG